AUGCCUCCGCCGCCCUCGUUUGUCGACCGCUACCACCUCGCAGCGCGGCUCGGCGCCGGCUGUUCCGGUGUGGUCUUCUCGGCUUCCGAUCGCAAGACCGGAGAGCCCGUGGCCAUCAAGCUCGCUCGCCGCAAGCGAGGCUUGCGGUGGUCGCUUCUGUGCCGCACCUUUGCCAACGAGGCGGAGAUGUUGAAGCGGUGCGUCCACCCAAACGUCAUUGGCCUGCGGUGCCUGCUCACCGGUCCGGACGAGGUGGCUCUGGCGCUCGAGCUGGUGAGCGGCGGUGACGCGCAGCAGCUACUGCAAAGACACGGCGCGCUGUCCGAGCCUGUGGCGUGUGCGAUCACCUGCCAGGUUGCGCACGCGCUGGAGCACAUCCACGCGUGCGGCGUGCUCCACCGCGAUGUCAAGCUGGAGAACCUGCUCAUCGCGUCGAUCGAUGGGCCGCGCUACCUCAUGUAG